CCACUCGAGGGGGGCUGUUGGGAAAUUUGUCAGCGAUUGACAGAGAGGGACGCCAUAUUGAGUUCAGCUGUAUUAACUAGGAAAGGUUGUGCCAAGGAAAUAAACUAUUUCAAUAUUUACACAGCAACCAAGAACUUCUAGAUUUAAUGGACGCGAUGGCGAGCCCGGGGAAGGAUAAUGACCGAAUGAAGAGCUAUAAGAACAAAGCCCUGAACCCGCAGGAGAUGCGGCGGAGGCGGGAGGAGGAGGGCAUUCAGCUGCGCAAACAGAAGAGGGAGGAGCAGCUGUUUAAGAGAAGGAACGUGUCUCUGCCCGUGGGCGAUGAGUCCAUGCUGGAAUGUCCCAUCCAAGACCCCGAUGUCAGCUCCACCGUGCCUGUCUCAGGUGAAGCCAUCAUAACUCCAGACAUGAGACAGAUGAUCUUCUCUGACGACCCCGACCAGCAGCUCAUAGCAACACAGAAGUUUAGAAAACUGCUCUCCAAAGAGCCCAACCCUCCCAUCGAUGAGGUCAUCCUUACACCUGGGGUUGUGAACAAGUUUGUAGAGUUCCUCAAAAGAAGUGAAAACUGCAAUUUGCAGUUUGAGGCUGCCUGGGCGCUGACGAAUAUCGCAUCUGGGACCUUCCUGCAUACUAAAGUGGUCAUUGAAACGGGAGCCGUGCCCAUCUUCAUCGAACUCCUCAAUUCUGACUACGAGGUCGUCCAGGAGCAGGCCGUGUGGGCGCUUGGGAACAUCGCUGGGGACAACGCAGAGUGCAGAGACUAUGUGCUGAGCUGUGGCAUCCUGCCUUCACUUCAACAGCUGCUGGCCAAGUCCACUCGUCUCACUACCACGCGAAACGCAGUCUGGGCUCUGUCCAACCUCUGUCGGGGCAAGAACCCCCCUCCCGAUUUCUCCAAGGUGUCCCCCAGUUUGAGUGUGUUGUCCCAGCUGCUCUUCAACAGUGACCCAGAUAUACUGGCAGAUGCGUGCUGGGCGCUCUGCUACCUGUCCGACGGGCCCAACGACAAGAUCCAGAUAGUGAUCGACUCGGGAGUGUGUCGCAGACUGGUGGAGCUGCUCAUGCACAACGAAUACAAGGUGGUGUCUCCUGCAUUGCGAGCUGUGGGUAACAUUGUCACAGGAGAUGGCAUCCAGACUCAGGUGAUUCUGAACUGCUCAGCUCUGCCCCGUCUGCUGAACCUGCUCAGCAGCCCUAAAGAGUCCAUCAGGAAGGAGGCCUGCUGGACCAUCUCUAACAUCACCGCCGGCAACCGCUCACAGAUCCAGGCAGUAAUCGAAGCCGACAUCUUCCCUGUGUUGAUUGAGAUUCUCCAGAAGGCAGAAUUCCGAACCAGGAAGGAAGCAGCCUGGGCCAUUACCAAUGCCACCUCUGGGGGCACUACUGAGCAGAUCAGGUACCUGGUGUCGCUGAACACCAUCAAGCCCAUGUGCGACCUGCUUACAGUGAUGGACUCCAAGAUCGUGCAGGUGUCUCUGAACGGAUUGGAGAACAUUCUUCGCCUGGGCGAGCAGGAAGCCAAGAAGAACGGCACGGGCAUCAACCCCUACUGUGCCCUCAUCGAAGAGGCCUAUGGUCUGGAUAAGAUCGAGUUCCUGCAGAGCCACGAGAACCAGGAGAUCUACCAGAAGGCCUUCGACUUGAUCGAGCGCUACUUUGUGGUGGAGGAGGAGGACGCUAGCAUUGCGCCACAGGUGGACCAGCACCAGGGCCAGUUCAUCUUUCAGCAGCCCGAGGGGCCGAUGGAAGGCUUUAAGCUCUAGUCCCGACUCCUGCCACGCCCGCCCUCCUCUGCUCCCCGCUCCUCCCGUCCCUAGGCGCGCAAGCCUCCUCUCAGCAGCAGGGGACGCCCGGACUCGCCUGCAGAGGGGGCCAGAGACGCUCCACGAGAGGCCCCCAGCAGCGCCCUCCGCAGCCUCGCCCUUUGACUACACUUCCCAGAAUGCACUGCGUGAGCCUGGAUACUGCUGCAAGAAAAAAAAAAAAGCUUUCUUUCCUCUUUUUUUAGUUUCUUCUUUUCUUCUUAUUUUAUUUUGUAAAUGUAGACUCUGGUAUGGUAGAAUCUCCAUCCACAAUGACUACCUCUUCCGUCAGUCAGCAGAACUACCGUGGAAAAUGAAAUGAGACAAAAUUUGCGUGUGAAAUUGAUGCGUGCAAUUGGGCCCUCUGACACAGCGUGUGUGUGAGUGUGCGUGUGUGCGUGCGUGUGUGUGUGAGCCUGCGUAUGCGUGUUUACAUGUGUGUGCCUGUGUGCGUAUGGCACAAUGUAAAACUACCGGUAUUUUACGUUAGAAUGUACUGUGUGUGGUCUUCUGUGAGUAUGUGCAAAAUUGUCUGGGCUCCAUUGACCAGCAGGGAAGAUAGUUUAGUUCCAUGCAUUCUGUGUGGCUGAGAGAGGUUGCUAUAACCUUUUAUAUGAACCGUAACUAUAUUUAUAUUCCCAUAGAGUAUAUUUAUAAUCUUUGCUGAUGUGCAGCAAGCGACAAGUUGUCAGUUACCUUUUAAACUUGAAAGGGAACAGCUGCACUUGAGAUUUGCAGUGAAAAUGUGCACAGUGCAUGUAGCAGUUCCGUGUGACAUGACUCCAUGUAAAAUUAUUUAUUCUUUUGAAGGGGUGC